AUGUGUAACCACGCCUCUUCUCCUGGAAAUGAAGUAAUAAUUGGAUGUAUCUUUCCCCAGGGAGUGAAGAGUUCGCGACAGAGAGAAAAUGGAUAUCGAAAUCACAGGGAAGCAGGGAGUGGAGGGACGAGUUUGCGGCAGAGUGAAAAUGGAAAUCCGAAUCACAGGGAAGAAGGGAGUGGAGGGACGAGUUUGCUGCAGAGACUAAAUGGAAAUGUGAAUCACAGGGAAGCAGGGAGUGGAGGGACGAGUUUGCGGCAGAGAGAAAAUGGACGUCUGAAUAACAGGGAAGAAGGUGUUAGUAAAACCAGAACACGAGAAGACGAGAAGAGAGCCAGGGAAAGAGAAGGAGAAACCUCAUCCCUUCCUGGUGAUAGCGAGUCUACACCAUACCUCUGGCAGUUCAAAGAAGCAGAUUCUUAUCCUUGGAAAAAUUUCGGCCCCUCUGACAAUUUUGUUCUGGAAGAGCUUUACUGCGACGUGAACAAUGUGGAGGUUGAAAUAGAACUUGAAGACACCACAAUAAGACAUUCAAGAAAGUUAUCAAGAAAGCUGUCAGCCAAUUUUCACACAAUAUCCAUGAGCUUGUUCUCCCCCCUUAACCACUUUUUGAUCCGUCGACGCUCAACACCGUCUUACAUCAAAGAACGCGGCAACAAGUUUCCUACACUGUGGGUUUGGUAUUGGGAAGACAUCGAUGGAUGGAAAAAAUAUGCCGAAACAAAUCUUUGUUCUGGGGCAAAACAAGAGCAAAUUGAAGCAUCGUAUCUAAAUGGAGAACCUGCUUACUACUUUGAAAUCGAUGGGAACACUUUCGUAAUACAUUUUGAAGGUACACUUAUGAACCAAAGGAGUGUAGAUCCAGAAGUCCAAGCGGUUCGGCUUGUCAGAAGAAGACCAAUGCCUGCAAUGAGCAAUCCGAAAGGUCAGGUAAUGGCUGUUAAACGGACUGACCUGGAAAAGGACAGCGAAGAAUACCGAACUGUGAGUGAGCACUUUCACGAAACAAUGCCGGAACACCGCGCCUCUAUAUUGAUGGUGGAAAAAAUAACAAAUGGUCAUUUAUUGCAGAAAUACGAAAGAAAGUGCCAAGAAAUGAGAGAGCAACGUAAACCUAUGAAUGAAAAGUUUCUGUUCCAUGGUACAACGCCAGAUGUUGUUGAUGCUAUCUGCACGCGCAACUUUGACCACAGAGUGUGUGGGAAAAACGGGACAAGGUAUGGGCAAGGAAGCUAUUUCGCUGUGGACGCAUCUUACAGCAAUAACUACAGCAACAACUAUAGCAAAACUGAGGGUGACAAAACGAGAUACAUGUUUCUGGUAAAAGUGUUGACUGGAGAAUUUAUUCGUGCAGAGGAAGACUUUCGUCGACCACCAUUGAAGGAUCCGAGCAAUCUGGCAGGUGAUUUGUACGAUUCUUGCGUUAACGACGAAAAUUUACCGAAGAUCUUUGUAAUUUUUGAUAACGAACAGUGCUAUCCUUCGUAUUUAAUUAAAUAUCAUUUGAAAUAGUUUUAGGCAUCAAAGUCAGAUGCAUCAAACUACGGUAGAAAGUCGGUCACAAGCGCAUCUAUAAAUAAAGGGUCUUGAUAUUAGCAGGCAAGUAAAGAAUUUAAAGAAAGCGAGAAAACUUUUGA